AUGGGCGUUCAUUCAUUGUCAACACCAAGAGCACCACUGGAUGGCCUUUCCACAGGUAUGGCGACAUCCGACGAACAGGAUCAGAAGGACCAACAGGAUACCAAGGACGAACAACAGGCUCACAAGGACGACGACGAGCAGGCUGAGAAGGAGUACGCCGAUUUCGAGGCGAGGGUCAAGAGGACGAUAUACAUCGACCACCUCUCCCCCCUGGUCACCGCCCAGGUCAUCAAGGCGUCUCUCGCCCAGUGCGCCAACGUCGUCAGCACCGAGUUCAUUCAGAACUACACGAUCCAGUACGAGAUCCCCGCCGCUGCGUUGGUGGAGGUGGACAACGAGUCGCAGGCCCAGGCCGCUGUGGACCUGAUGAACAACUUCCCGUUCAUGCUCGGCGGGAUGCCCAGGCCUGUGAGGGCUGUCUUUGCAAAGCCCGAGAUGUUUCCGGACCGCCCUAGGAAGCCUGGGUUGAAGAUUGAGUUCAGCUGGGUCAAGCAAGGAGAUCCAGGGUAUGAUGGGAUGAGUAAGCUCAAGGGCCUCGCAAGGAGGCAAGAAGCAGAAAAUAUGGCACUUAUCAAGAAUCAAUUGGAAGAGGAGAAGGAGCUGGCGGCGCAGCAGCAGGAAACCCUGGAAGCAAGCAAUAGCAAGUACGACAUGCUCGAGAAACUCAUGACCGACGGGGACAUUACUAAACUCGCCCAGCAUUAUAAGGUCAAGCUGGGAGACAACUGA